AUGCAGGAUCUCCGGCAGAUACCGAGCGGCGGAGCGGGGAGGAUCUUCGGCGGUGGGGCGGGGGUCUUCGCCGGCGGAGCGGUAGCCGGAGGCGGCGCUGCCACCGUGGAUCGUCGGCUCCGGCCGCACCCGCAGCAGAACCUCAAGUGCCCCAGGUGCGAGUCCAACAACACCAAGUUCUGCUACUACAACAACUACAACAUCUCGCAGCCCCGCCACUUCUGCAAGUCCUGCCGGCGGUACUGGACAAAGGGGGGGGUCCUCCGCAACGUCCCCGUCGGCGGCGGCUGCCGCAAGUCCAAGCGCUCUUCCUCUUCCUCCUCCAGGUCGUCGCCCAAGCCCUCCUCGGAGGGGUUCAGAAAGCCCUGCCCUUCGCCGCCGGCCGCCACCUCGCGCUCCAGCAGCGACAGCUCUGGCCUCGCCACCGCCGCCGUGCUGGACCGUGGCUCCUACGCGGCGGUGCUGCUGGAGACCAUGAACGGAGGAGCACCACCGGCCUCCGCCACCGCCGCCGCGCUCUUCCCGGCGACGGGGAGCCUCACGGGGCUCAUCGCCGCCUCGGGGAACCCGGAAGCGCUGAGUCUCAACUUUCAGCUGCCGAGGGCUGCGACAGCCGACGGCGACAUCAAGGUGCCUCCGGCCUCCGUCUCCGGCGGGCUCAUGGAUCCGCCGCCGCCGCCGCCGCCGCCGCUGCCGCUGCCGGCGAUGGAUUGGCAGGGAGUCAUGGAGAACACCCCUCCCUGGUUAUUCGACACCGUCGGCGCUGCCUCCGUCGCCGACGACCAUGGGGGCUUCUGGAAUCACAACCACUGGGGUGAGAUUGACCCCUCUCUCUUCCUCCCCUAA